AAUGAAUCUUUCUAUGAGGCGCUAGACCGAUUCAAGGAGUACAUUAGGGACUGCCCUAAUCAUGGUUUCAAUGAGGGAAACCUAUGGAACAUCUUCUAUCGUGGCAUAGACCACAAGUACAAGCUUUCAUUGGACACUGCAAGCAAUGGAAACUUCAUGACCAAGACUGUUGAUGAAGCUAAGGUUCUUAUUGAGAAUCUUGCAGCUAGUGAUUGUAACAACUGUCCUGAUUAUGACCGCUCAAGCCGCACCACUACUAGCUCCCCUGAUUCUUUUCAAAUGACUGAACUCAAGAACAUGAUGGCUCAAGUUCUUAAGGGACAGCUCAAGCAUAUCAAUGCAAUAGAAGGGAUGAGUGAUGCUAAUGAAGACCCAUCAAGAGAAUGCAUGGGAGAUUUCUCUAAUGAAGCCAAUGAAGAAGAUGUGAACUACAUUGGAAACUAUGGGAACAAGGGAUACAAUCCAAGCUAUCGCCCAAACCCCAACAUGUCUUAUAGAAACCCCAAUGUGGAGAAUCCUCAAGACCAAGUGUAUCCUCCAAGGUAUCCACAACAACAAAGACCUCCUUACCAAUCUCAAGGAAGUCAAUUUCAGCCAAGGCAAGGAUAUGAGCAGAGAUCAUCAUAUCCGCCCAAGGAGCCAUAUGCUUCUUCACCAAAUCAAGCUCCUCCAAACCAACAAGGUGGGAGAUUUGAAGGAAUCCUCCAACAGAUCAUGGAUGGCCAGAAGAGAAACACAAAGAGAUGUAUGAGAAGAUGGACACUUUGUUCAGCAAUCUCAACACCAAGUAUGAUGCUGUUGCCACUCAUGUGA